AUGACUGUUCCAAAACCAGCUGCUUCAGCAGCUGAACUGGGAGGCUUCAUCCACCUCCACCCGCAGCUCCAGCAAGAGAUCGAGGAGCCGGAGUCUGAGGAGCUCCUUUUCAACCGGGUGGUUUCCGACAAUGUGCUCCUCCGACCCAAGAACUUGAGCGAGUCGGUGAGGAACGUCAUGGCCAGCAAGCCCAAGAACAAUUCGGAUGCCAUCUUGGCACUGCGCGAAGUGAGAGAGCUGCUGCUGGAAGAGGUGGUCGGCCAUGGCCAUCUUGGCCCAGAUGAUUACACCCGAGGUGGCGUGAAGACAUGCAAGCAGAGAAUGCCCAUCGAAGGUCUUGUCCAAGACAAGUUCUACGAGGGCAAGAUCGUGAAGAAGACUCGCGCAGGCUUGAUGCUCGACCUCAACGCAGAGUGUUUGGGGCUUCUCCGUUGGAGAUUGCUCAAAGGAGUGCCCAAGAAGCUUCAAAAAGUUGGAGGCUUCUUGGCAAACUUGUUGGUCACCAAGAUUGAAAAGGCCGAGCAGCGCGUCAUUCUGAAGCUGCAGGGAAUAGGCUUCAGCCACGACACUAUCGAGGAGACGCGCUACAAGGACAUCUAUGGAUAUGUCCACCACUGGUCCGAGCUCCCUGGUGCCCCUCCUUACGCUCGACUUGUACCACCACUUGCAGAGGCUGAUGCAGAUUCCAAUGCCCGGGUGAACCGACCGUUGGCGCCACGAGACAAGCGCCUGGCCCGAUGGGGGAAGAACGGCCCCCGCAGCUCCUGA